CCAGAAUCUGAGAUAUGUCUGGCGGUGGAGCCGAAGAAGAGACGACGUUGGAGUACACUCCCACAUGGGUGGUGGCGGUUGUCUGCACCGUCAUUGUCGCCAUUUCUCUGGCCGUCGAGCGCUUUCUGCACUUUCUCGGCAAGUAUUUGAAGAAGAAGAACCAGAAUCCUCUGUUCCAGGCUUUGCAGAAGGUUAAGGAGGAGUUGAUGCUUUUGGGGUUCAUUUCCCUGCUGCUGACUGUGUUCCAGAACUUGAUCACCAAAUUUUGUGUGCCAAAGCAUGUCGUGAGUCACCUGCUGCCUUGCAAGCUUCCGGAAGAAAAGCAUGCCACUCAGAGUCUCUCGCACUGGGCACUUGGGAGGCAUCUGCUCUCCUCUGCACCAUCAUCUUGCAGCAAUGAGAAAGUCCCAUUUCUGUCUCUUGAAGCGUUGCAUCAUCUGCAUAUCUUCAUCUUCGUGCUUGCCAUUGUCCACGUGACCUUCUGUGUUCUCACUAUUAUCUUUGGAGGGGCAAAGAUACAUCAAUGGAAACUUUGGGAGGAUUCUAUUGCAAAGGAUAAUUAUGAUACAGAAGAGGUUCUGAAGAAAAAGAUCACCCAUGUUCAUGACCAUGCAUUCAUCAAGGAUCGUUUUCUUGGUAUCGGUAAAAAUUCAGCUGUCAUGAGUUGGGUGCAUUCAUUUUUCAAGCAAUUUUAUGCAUCUGUGACGAAAUCAGAUUACUUGACCUUACGACUAGGAUUCAUUAUGAUGCAUUGCAGGCAAAACCGCAAGUUUAAUUUUCACAAAUACAUGGUACGUGCCCUUGAAGACGAUUUUAAGAAAGUUGUUGGUAUAAGUUGGUAUCUUUGGAUCUUUGUGGUUGUCUUCUUGUUGCUUAAUGUUGAUGGUUGGCAUACUUAUUUCUGGAUAGCAUUCAUUCCUUUCAUUCUUCUACUUGCAGUGGGCGCUAAGCUGGAGCAUGUCAUUUCCCAGUUGGCCCAUGAGGUUGCUGAGAAACAUGCAGCCAUAGAAGGAGAAUUGGUUGUUCAACCUUCAGAUGACCACUUCUGGUUCCAUCGACCCCGAAUUGUUCUUUUCCUGAUCCAUAUUAUUCUCUUCCAAAAUUCAUUUGAGAUGGCAUUUUUCUUCUGGAUCUUGUUUACAUAUGGCUUUGAUUCCUGUAUAAUGGGUAAAGUCCAAUACAUCAUCCCAAGACUCGUUAUAGGGGUGAUCAUUCAGGUACUCUGCAGCUAUAGCACCCUCCCCCUUUAUGCCAUUGUCACCCAGAUGGGGACUCAUUUCAAAAAGGCGAUAUUUGAUGAGCAUGUGCAAGCAGGCCUUGUUGGUUGGGCUCAAAAGGCCAGGAAGAAAACAACGACUGGUAACGCUAACAGAGGACCCACGAUUCAGCUUGGAAGAGUUGUGCGUAGUGAAAAUGCGAAAGAGGAGAUAACGCUUACAGGUGCCGCUGAGGAAAACAAGUAAGCAGCCAAUCCAGAAAAAGAUAGCAGGGUUCAGCCUUCUCUUAUGUUGUCCUGUGAAUUGUGUCAUUUUGAACAUGUUGUGUUCUUAAAAACAUUGAUUGAAAUCGUUCCUGUUUUUGCCAAUACUAGGUUGUAAUGAUCUGAUUCUUAGAACUGUUAGCUCCCUUGGGUUUAAAUCUCUUACAAAAUACAAGGGUGUUUGCAGAGUUGA